GAUAAAGAAAAAAAUAUUAAUAAACUGAAUAGUAACAAAAUACCAGAUUCUUUUGCAGUUUCUUUUUUUGUGCGUGAAAUUUCGAAUCUCAAUUAUUCUAGUUUUUUCGUGUUAUUAUACUUCAUCAUUUCGCAAUAUUUUAUCCUCAAGGCUAGAAAUUUUCUCGUGCAUCAUUUCUGAGUGAUUGGUAUGUGCGUGCAUUCGUGCAAUCUGUGUAGAAAUCGCCAAUUUGAGAGAAAAGAAUGGAAAAAGAUUAGAAAACCGCUCGAUGGAGAAAUGAAUUUUGAGAUUUGGCAACGUCAUGCAGACGAUAUGAAUAACUGGCUGUUGUGAGACUAGCUGGUGAGAGAAAUUUGGGCUUGAAAAAUACACAAUUAAUUUUAAAAUCUUUUUCGCUCUUAUGCUCGGGUGAAUUAAUAUAAUAAUGGAUUCAUUACGUGAUUCCAAGGAUAAAUUCGAUUGGGAUCGGUACCUAGAAAGCAGGGAGCUGGAAGCGGCGCCAAACUUUGCCUUCCAGCAUGUGGACAAUAGUCAGCAAAGUCUGCUUGAGGUGGGGAUGAUGGUGGAAGUCCAGACUAGUCAACGGCCCAGGUUCUGGCUGGCCAAUGUUACCCUGAAGUGUGGACCAUUUCUUAGAUUGAAGCAUGUUGGACGAGAAGACUCGAAUGAAAUCUGGACCGACCCAUCGUCAGUGGAAAUCCACCCUGUGGGCUACAGCAGCAGCCGAGGAUGGCCGUUGGAGCCGCCAGCCGAUUUGAAACCCCUCAGAUCAGGAGCUAUCGCUUCUCUCCUAGAGGAGCACAAAGCGGCCGACUGUGAAGCCUCGUUACUCAGCCCCGCUCAACAAAUGAAAACUGGCAUGACGAUCGAAGUCGAAGACUCGCACGAACCCCGCACCGUCUGGCCGGCUACAGUAAUGCGCAAUGUUGGCGGCCGACUGUUGCUCAAAUAUAUUCUACCAACGAACUCGCCGUUGGUAAACGAUGGAAUAGAAGAACAACAGCACGAAUGGCUAUUUUGCCUUUCUCCUCGGUUGCACUGGCAAGGGUGGGCCGCCUCGCAGUCACCUAAGUGGAACUUUAAUCCGCCGGGAAAAAUCCGUUCGCAGUUUGAAGAUGACAACUGGUCGACCAUGGCAGCCGAGCUCCUCAAUGUGACCGGUAAACCAUGGCAGUUGCAUCAAGAAGUUCCGGCUCAUUGCUGCAACGUUGGCGACCGCAUUGAAACGCUCGAUCCGUCCAAUCCAGUCGCCUUACGACCGGCAACAGUUAUCGAAGUAGUGGAUCCGCAACGAUUACUCAUCCGAUUUGACCCGCAAUCAGAUGACGGUCAAGAAGCGGAAGGCCAAUUUAUUUGCUAUGUCGAAACUGUUUUCCGCCCGGAAGUCAGUGAUUCCGGCAGUCAGACAAAUGACGAAGAAAACGAAUCCGGCUUCUUGAAGGGCAUGGCCAUGGAGGUGGUCAACCCAUGGAGACCGACGGAAGUUUGUGUUGGCGUCAUAACGACCAUUGAGCGAUCGGGGACACUCUUACGCAUCCGCAUGGAAAAGGAAUCGGAGGCGGAUGGCGGCCAUCCGCUUGAAUUUCUCGCGCCCGUGUCCAGUCAAGAAUUAUUUCCAAUUGGUUGGUGUGAUGACAGCGGCUGGUCGUUGGUAGCGCCACCCGUAAUUCCUCCGCCGUCAACGGAACAUCCGCCAACGAUCCCCGAAGGAAAUUCGAUCGAGACGGAAGAGAAAUGCCAGGAAUCAACAAGUUCAACCGAACAGAACCCGGAGACAGUGGAAUCAACCCCGGUCGGAUCGGGCGGAAUCUCUUACUGGUGUCCGAAAAUCUAUUUCAACUUCCGGUGUUUCACUGGGCCUCUACUGAGUCGCAUCCGCGUGGCGGCUCUUCCUCGAAGCGUAGGUCCAGGGCCCAUCAGUUUGAUGAUGAAAGAAGUUCUGUCGCUCUUGCUCAACGGCGCCUACAAACCUGGAAGCGUUUUGAAACAAUUGCAGGGCGAGCCGAACGAUCCGCUUCCGCCUGGAACGCAACUGGAGCCGCUGAAAGCCAAGUACAGGCAGACGACGUAUCGUGGGACGGUGCCGAUGGCCUCGACGGCCGCUGACGUACCCGAAUACUGUCGCUGGGUCUGCGGCAAGCUCCAGUGCUGUCCGUACUUGUUCGCUCCGGAAUUGGUGGGCGAUCCGUGUCCGCACCGUUGCUGCAUCCUGGCCAAAACCGUUUGGCAGCACAAGAAGAAAGCCCCCAAUUGGCGCCAUCGACGUUUUGUGGACAUCAUCAAGAGCCUCCCGACCGGAAUGGACCUGGUGACAGCCGCCGAACUCCAGCAGCAACAUAACAGUUCCGCCAAAUUGGGUCCGGCCUCGCUGGCAGCCAUUGAAUCGGCCGAACACAGCGACGAUGAAGACGAUGACGAUGCGGCAGGUGAUCAAUCACAUCAUCCAGUGCAGCAGCAGCAGCAGCAGCAAAUUUGCGAACCUGAGGAGCCAGCCGCCAAGAAGAGGCGUGGACGUCCGAGGAAGAAUCCGAUUCCGCUGAUGACUCUCACUCAUGCCAGUGCGGAUGAAGAUCGCCGUCCAAGUCAAGCACCGCAUCAUCCGGUUCCGGUUGUUGUUGAAGAAAAGAAUCCAGCCCCCGUUUUCCGUCGACUGGAACUCGCCGAUCCUGCGCUGGAUAAAUGGCGGGCCGGCGACGUUUGGCGCUUCCUCCAGUCCACCGAUUGUCGUCCCCUGGCCGAUCGCCUUCUCCAGUACGAAGUGGACGGGCCAUCUCUCCUGCUCCUUGAGCCUUCCGAUAUCAUGGAUUAUGUGACCCUCAAUUGGGAGCUGGCCCUGCGGCUGUGCUAUCUCAUCGGAUGCCUUCGACUGACCUACUCAGCAGGUCCUUCUUCUUCUUCGAAGGCGAUGGCUCCCGCCGCCAAUACUGGCGCCAGCAACGACCUGGCCAAAUCACCUGCACCAGCCACGGCCCAGCGAGCUUCCUAAAAAGAUUUGUGAGCCGGACCUCACGACUUCACGACGACGAUUCUACCACACGAUAGGCGGGUCGCCUAUCAAACAAAUAACACACACAGAGAGAGAGAGAGAACAUUUCUCGGCUUCUUUCUGGGUACUUCAUCUGACUGGGUCGUUCAUUCACUGCGGGUUCCCUUUGCGUGCGUGAGUAUGUCCUUUCACUGUUUCCCUUUUGUUUGUUGGUCGUUUCUCCUAGUUAGUUAACAAUAGAGUGGGGUCAUUCGUUUAUCCAUCAUCAUCUUUAUCCCUUUCUCCGCAACCUACUUUCUCCUGUUUCCCCUUUUUUUCCCCCUCCGAGAAAGAUUAAAACGUUUUAUCUUUUGAUUUUUUUUUUUU